AACCUGUUCACCUUGUCUGCUGCAACACCUUGAAGCAGUCUCCACUCCACACACACACUCUCCACUGAAUCACAUUAUAUUGAUAUUUUGUAGCAGUACAUAUCAUCAGGCAUCAUGUCUAUCGUGGUGUAUUUCAGCAGCGUGAGCGGAUCCAGAGAGCUAAAGCAACAGCAGAGCCAGAUCUUCUCCUUCCUGGACUCGAAGAAGAUCAAGUACCAGGCGGUGGACAUCACCCAGGGGUCAGAGAUCAAAGAGGAGAUGAGGAAGAAGACAGGAAACCCUGCCGCUCUGCCACCACAGGUCUUCAACAAGGACGUCUACUGCGGGGACUUCUCUGUGUUUUAUGAAGCGGUGGAGACUGGAAAAGCAGAGGCCUUCUUUAAACUGUAACAGACAGAGGAAGAUCACCUGCCAGAAGACUCUCCCCUCCACUUCAGAAAGUAUUCACACCCCUUGACUUAUUCCACAUUGUGUUGUGUUACAGCCUGAAUUCAAAAUGGAUUGAAAAUGUUUGCAAAUUUAUUGAAAGUGAAAUACAGAAAUAUCUCAUUUACAUAGGUAUUCACACCCCUGAGUCAAUACAUGUUAGAAUCACCUUAGGCAGCGAGUACAGCUCUGAGUCUCCAUGGAUGUCUCUAAGAGCUUUGAGUCUCCAUGGAUGUCUCUAAGAGCUCUGAGUCUCCAUGGAUGUCUCUAAGAGCUUUGAGUCUCCAUGGAUGUCUCUAAGAGCUUUGGUCUCCCUGGAUGUCUCUAAGAGCUUUGAGUCUCCCUGGAUGUCUCUAAGAGCUCUGAGUCUCCAUGGAUGUCUCUAAGAGCUUUGAGUCUCCAUGGAUGUCUCUAAGAGCUUUGAGUCUCCAUGGAUGUCUCUAAGAGCUUUGAGUCUCCAUGGAUGUCUCUAAGAGCUUUGAGUCUCCAUGGAUGUCUCUAAGAGCUUUGAAUCUCCAUGGAUGUCUCUAAGAGCUUUGAGUCUCCAUGGAUGUCUCUAAGAGCUUUGAGUCUCCCUGGAUGUCUCUUAAGAACUUUGCUCACCUGGAUUAUACAACAUCUGCACACUAUUCUGUUUUAAAUUAUUCAUGCAAGUCAAGUUUGCUAGACAGCCAUUUCCAAGUCUUGCCAUAGAUUUUCAAGCUAAUUUAAGUCAAAACUGUAGCUAGGCCCCUCAGGAAUAUUCAGUGUAGUCUUGGUAAGCAACUCCAGUGUAGAUUUGGCCUUGUGUUUUAGGUUAUUGUCCUGCUGAAAAGGUGAAUUCAUCUCCCAGUGUCGGUAGGAAAGCAUACUGAACCAGGUUUUCCUCUUGGAUUUUACUUGUGCUUAGCUCUAUUCUGUUUCUUUGAUCCUAAAAAUCUUCCUAGUCCUUGCCAAUGACAAGCAUACCCAUAACAUGAUGCAGCCACCACCAUGCUUGAAAAUAUGAAGAGUGGUGCUCAGUGAUGUGUUGUGUUGAAUUUGCCACGAACAUAACACUUUGUAUUCAGGACAUAAAGUGAAUGUCUUUGCCAAAUGUUUUGCAGUUUUACUUCAGUGCCUUGUUGCAAACAGGAUGCAUGUUUUGGAAUAUUUUUAUUUUAUACAGGCUUCCUUCUAUUCACUCUGUCAUUUAGGUUAGUAUUGUGGAGUAACUACAGUGUUGUUGAUCCAUCCUCAGUUUUCUCCUGUCACAGCCAUUAAACUCUGUAACUGUUUUAAAGUCACCAUUUGCCUCAUGGUGAAAUCCCUGAGAGGUUUCCUUCCUCUCCGGCAACUGAGUUAGGAAGGGCGCCUUUAUGUUUGUAGUGACUGGGUGUAUUGAUACACCAUCCAAAGUGUAAUUAAUAACUUCACCAUGAUCAAAGGGAUAUUCAAUGUCUGCAUUUUUAAACACUAUCAUUGCACACAGAGCGAGUACAUGCAACUUAUGAGACUUGUUAAGCAAAUAUUUACUCCUGAAUUUAUUUAGGCUCACCAUAACAAUGGGAUUGAAUACUUGACUCAUUUCAGCUUUUCAUUUUUAUUGAUUUGUAAACAUGUGAAAAACAACAACAACCAUAAUGCUACUUUAAAAUGGGGCAUUGUGUGUAAGCCAAGGACACAUCUCACAAGUUAAGGGAUGUGAAUGCUUUCUGAAUGUAAAACCAUUGUCUUGUUUAGCAAAAUAAAAGUAUUCACAUUUU